GGAAGGUACUUUGUACGUUCAAAGCAAGCCAGUGUCAGCGACCGAGCGGGCAGGCACACACACCACCACGGUUGGAGUCCCCGGGCCUCACCUCACCACUUCAUCUCCGCAACAGCCAGCGGCCAACCCCAAGUCGAACGGGUCAAUCGAGCGGGCCUGCAUCAGCGCCCCUCUACUUCAUUUGCGACGUCUGCAAUCCUUCGCAGCGCCAAGCGCCGUUCGACGGCCCAGGCGCCCAUUUGCUGCCGAGGCGCUUGCUAAUAUACGCGGCUGCCUCCCAGGCGCCAAGCGAGUCGAGCGACAAUCCGUCCGUCGACUGCCCGCGGGCUUCGAGGCACGAGCGCCAACCUCCGAGCUUCACGGUGAACGCAUGACGCACUGAAAGUCGCCCUCUGCGCCCACUUGCAGACCGCAAUCGUUGAGAAGCGACACGUCAGCCACCUCCGUCGAACAUCCGCCAGGUCAGGCCUCGCAACCAUGCCCUCGAUAUUAAACGACGAAGACAAGGACACCGUAAAGCGGUUCGUCCCCAAGCAGUCCAACAAAAUCCAGGCUGUGGCGGUGGCCAGACUAUACGUGGCGUAUCCAGACCGCUCGAAAUGGACGUACACUGGCCUUCAAGGAGCCGUAGUGUUGGCCAACGACCUUGUCGGACAUACCUACUGGUUGAAGAUGGUAGACAUAUCACCCUCCGGGCGUGGAGUCAUCUGGGACCAGGAAAUAUUCGACGCAUGGCACUACAAUCAGGAUCGGACCUUUUUCCAUACCUUCGAGCUAGAAGAGUGUCUCGCAGGGCUGAGCUUUGUGGACGAGAAGGAAGCAAAGCAAUUCAAGAAGAAGAUGGACGAACGUGAGAAGAAUGCAAGUCGCGCCACGAGAUCUCAGCCUUUUGGAGGUGGCUCGCAGCCGACUCAUAAGCACAGCCUAUUGGGCGGGCUGUUCCAUCGACACUCGUCUGCCCCUUCGCCUCCACCAGCCACUCAGGCGAACCUUCCUCCGCCGCCAAUGCACCCGACAAUAUCCUCGCUCAGUCUGAAUGGCGGCCCGCCGCCCUCCGAGUUCGCGUUGCUGGAUGCUUUCGACCCUCUCUGGCGUGAGCAUUUCGGCCAAGACCUGCAGGACAAAGGACUCACCGACGAUUUCAUUCGUGAUAACCAGGAGUUCAUCGUGGACUUUUUGAGGGAAGAGCAGGCAAAGACGAGUUCUCAAGCAGCUCCUGGACCGCCGGCACAGCCUCCGCCGCCUCCUACAAACGGUCACGAUUCACGAGCUGGACGGGCGCCGCCUCCCCCUCCGCCUCCUGCUGGUGCCUCCAGUACACCGUCGCCCUCCUCGUCGGUGAGGAGAGGGGCUCCGCCACCACCUCCGGCGCCUCGGCGAUCUGGCAAGAUCGAGCCUCCAUCGAACGAGCCGAGCCCGCCACCAAAGGAGCCGUCGCCUCCCCCCCGACCCAGAUUCAACGCUCCUCCCCCUCUUCCCGACGCUGGCAAGUUUGCUCAUCAGGAGAAGCCCAGGCCGGCACCUGUGGCAGUUCCUGGUCCACCGCCCCCGCCAAGACCAGCCAAAACGCCGCUUGAGCCCGAGAACGCGAGCCAUAAAUUCCACGUUCCGCCGGCCUUUGGUGGUCAGCGGAUCCCGCCGCCUACGCCGAGCCGUGGAUCAGUACCGCCUCCUCCUCCUCCGAGAAACAAUGAUAGCCAUGGCGCCCCGUCCAGCCAUGCACCGGCGCCGCCCCCGCUGCCACCGAAGGUACCGGCCGGAAACGCGCCUCCCCCCUUACCGCCGUCGAGCUCAAGGCCCGUUCCCCCUCCACCGAGCGCAGCCGGCCCCCCUCCCCCUCCACCCCUGCCGUCGUCGAACGCCCCUCCUCCUCCCCCCCCGCCGCCGAUGCCAUCCUCGCCAGCUGGUAGCCCUCCUCUACCUCCUCCCCCUCCGCCGCCGAUGCCAUCCUCAUCAACCAAUGGUCCUCCACCGCCUCCCCCUCCACCACCGCCGAUGCCAUCAUCUUCUGGCGGCGGCCCGCCUCCACCACCUCCUCUGCCUCCCAACAGGGACUCGGGGUACUCUUCUGGCGUGCCUGCUCCAGCUUUGUCCUCCACGGAUCAGGGGCGGUCGGCUAUGCUGGGAGAUAUUCAGAAAGCAGGUGGCAUUGGCUCCCUCAAGAAGGUCGAUAGGACCCAGAUACGAGAUCGAAGCGGGGCCCAAGUUGGAGGCAGCAGCGACACGGGGCCCCAUGGCAGUGGCCUACCCCCCGCUGGUGCUACUCCUGGUGCUGGUGGAGGUGGCAUGGCCGACGCCUUGGCUGCAGCUUUGCAGAAGAGAAAGGAGAAAGUUAGCAAGAGUGACGAUGAAGACGACGACGACGAGUGGUAGGCCAACACCAACUGACGGAGAAUGAGUGAUGGAUGGUGGAUCACCCACCGCUGGUCGUUGCUCACCACCACCACACGUGAGCACCUCACAGUGUACCCCCUCUUACGUUCUGAUGAGUCGCUGGCAGAAGCGCGAGUGUCCGUGGACUGAGGUCCCUACUCCUUCUGAGCUUGGCCGUUCUCGUAUCUCUAGCACGACAUGGCAUGAUUGAUCAUGGGCUCGGGUCGGCUACGCAGCACCGUUCGCCAGAGCUGGGCGUCUUGCCCAGCAUUUCUGUCCUGUAGGCCGCGUUUCCAGUAUGAUAGGCCACAGAACAAGUCAAAAGCCGUCAAAUGCGGUUUAAACAUGAAUGCGCGAACAACGUGAAACGAAAAUGUGCAUGCCUCAUGACACGACGCAAUUCUCAUAUUCAUAACUAUCAGGCGAAACGAAAGACAUGAACAACAUUGACGAGC